UUUUUUUUUCUCACAAGCUCUAUAUUUUUUUGAGUUGUACCAUACGAUAACAUUUGUUUGAUAUUUUGACUACGUAUUUUAUCAUGCAUCAAUCUUGCACAGGUUCUUUCAAAUUUUCUGCUUCAUAGGACAAAAAUUGUAUGAUACAUACUUAUUUAGAAUUAACACAACUUUAUAAAAUGUAUUUUUCAACUUCUAAGAUCUUUGCUUCAUACCUUCUUCUUUUGUAAUGCCAAUUGCUAGACCAUAUAAGGUUCGGUGAUGGCGUUUUUGGUCACUGUAUUAGUAGCCCUCAUUUUCAUGUUCUUUCAGCCCAUUUAUGUGUAGUUUCAUAGUUUUGCAGGUCUUGUGAUAAUUUUGCUACCUUUAUGGAUAUAUUUUUGUGUGAUUGUUGUAGUGUCCUUCAUUCAAAGGUAUGAACUUUUGAAGCUGUGCAUUUAGAUUAGGUGUAAGACGGCUUUUUCUUAAUUAUUUGCCAAACAAAGAUAGCAUCUGAAUUGAUUUUUCCAAGUUCUAAAAUUUUCUAUCAAGGCUUCUGGCCUAAAAAAUUAGGAUGACCUUUCAAAGUUGAGGGGCGUAGUUUUGCAAUCUGUUUUAUGAUGAAAAUUUUGUCCCUGAAUAUCUCAUUUUUCAAAUAUUUAUAAUUUUAGAUUAUGCCCUCCCGUGUUUGGAUUUGGCUUUCUUUAUACUCAUUUUAAGUAUGCUGAUGUUCCUAAUGUCAUCAAGUGGUGGGUUUAUGUUUAUUGGAUCCUUUUUUGCAGAUUUGUGAAGGAUGCUUCUUAUUCAAAUUUUUAUAAUAAUUGAAAUAUUAAUUUUACAAAGGUACAAUCUUGAAUUGGUGCCAGAGUCUUCUUAUGAACAGGAUUUGUUGACAAGUAAUGGAUAUUGAUGCAUCAUGGACGAUGGUAUGACUUGGCAUUCUUUAGAUAUAUGCAUGAUUAUGUGAAUAAAAGUUCUCAGUAACAGCCAUUAUGUAUAAGCACAAUGUUUGUGGCAUCACGCACAGAAACAUGCACUCACUUGGGCACGGAUAUCCUUUGCAUGAAUUAGAUAUAUACAUAUAUGGGCAUGGCAUGCUCCUGUAGUGUGAUCCUAGUCAACCUUCUAUAUGUAGAGCUUUGUAGUUAUGCACUUGCUGUAUAGCUAUACGGUUCUACAGUCUAGAGCUCUAUGUUUUGCAUUCCUCCAUUAUAGCAUGCACAUUUAUCAUUUUGAUCAUUAGGAUAUUGGAUGAGCCGGAGAAGUUAGAUUCAGUUUAGAGCUAACUGCAUAAAUCUUUCUUCAUGUUUUGCCAUAAAAGAGAGUUGAGUUUUUAGUGAACGUGAUUUUUUUUACUUGUUGUAUUGAGCAAGCGAAAAUCUGCUAUUGCUAUUUGAGGUAAAGUAUUUACCAGGGUGAUUUUUAUUCAAUUGUGUUUUUAUGUUGCAACUUUAUGGGGUGUGCUGAUUGUUAGAUAUUUGAUAUUUAUCACUUUAACCCUCUGUGGCGUUUAGGAUUGCCAUCUCUUUUUAUUUCCGUCUUAAGCAGGUGGAAGUUGCCUGAGAUGCUGGCGCCACGUUUAAUAUGCUGCGGAAUCUUUUAUGGGCUACAUCAAAGCAUGAUGUCUACCUCAUGCAAAACUUCUCUGUGAUGCAUUGGUCCUCCAUACUUAGGAGAGGCGAAGAAGUACUCAAUGUGGCUAAACCAAUCAUUCCCACACUGAAACAGCCUGGUUUGUUGUCCCAACCCCCUUCACUUUCCAGAGUACAGAUAAGCACCAUGGCUGUCAGAGGGAAUCUAAUGGUGGCUGGUGGUUUCCAGGGAGAGCUUAUCUGCAAGUAUGUGAAUCAGCCAGGAGUUGCAUUCUGUUGUAAGAUAACUACGGAUGAAAAUGCCAUAACAAAUGCUGUAGAUGUGUUCCACAACUCCAACGGUGCAUUGAGGGUUAUGACUGCAAACAACGAUGCUCAAGUCAGGAUCUUUGAUACUGCGAAAUUUGCUUGUGCAAAUUGUUUCUCAUUUGAAUGGUCAGUGAACAAUGCUUCUGUUAGCCCCGACGGAAAACUGCUUGCAGUGCUUGGUGACAGUGCAGACUGCUUGAUUGCCGAUGCCCAGUCUGGAAAAGUUACUGGGAACCUUAAGGGGCACUUGGACUAUUGUUUUUCUUCAGCUUGGCACCCAGAUGGCAGAAUUUUGGCAACUGGAAGUCAAGACACAACAUGUAGAUUAUGGGACAUAAGGAAUUUGUCCAAAUCAUUUGCUGUGUUGAAGGGUAAUAUGGGGGCAAUUAGAGCUUUGAAGUUCACCUCUGAUGGCAGAUUUUUGGCCAUGGCUGAGCCUGCCGACUUCGUUCAUGUCUUUGAUACAGAAGCUGGGUAUGUCAAGUCCCAGGAGAUUGAUCUGUUUGGGGAGAUUGCUGGGAUAUCAUUCAGCCCUGAUGCGGAGGCUCUAUUUGUUGGUGUUGCCGACCGCACUUAUGGUAGUUUGUUAGAGUUUAAGAGGAAGCACCACAACCAGUAUUUGGACUCUAUAUUUUAAGAUGGUUAGAUGUGCAUAGUAAACAAAGGGUUCGUUGGCUCGCAUGAAACCUAGUUUUAACUUAAAAGUUGAUGCCCGGGUUGUUGGGUUGCGGACAUUUUAGAAGCAAAGCUGAUUGAGGUUUCUGGGUUUUCAGAUGUUAUAUUUUUCUUGGUGUGAUUUUUUUUGACCUUUUUUUGCUUUUGGUUUUACUGAACAUAAAUUUUUUCUUUGUAAAUGUGAAUGUGAUUGUUUUUCUGAAUGUGAUCAUUCAUUUGUUAUUUGAAUGGUAAUCAUUCAUUUGAUUCUGAACAUAUGUUUUUUGAAUGUAAUUAUUGAUUUGCUGAGAGCUCGUGAAAGGUGACGAUGCCCUUUGAAGGAAUUCUCAAACAGAU